AUGACCCUUAAAAAUUAUGCUGAAUAUUCCACUGUUCAGUUGAGCUCUCGUGCAAAAGCUUUUUGUAUUGAUGCUCUCCUUCAUAAUCAGCCGGCAAAGUUUUCUAGAAAAGAUGACGGGGAGGAGAAUCCUGCUACUGAAGAAAAAUGUGCUCAAAAUACCAAUCCAGAGAGACCGUUGGAAACAUGUUUAUACAAGUCACCAGAGAAAGAACUGAUCGUCGAAGAAAUAGGUUGUCGCCAAAUUGUCCCGUUUUGUAUUAAGCCUGAACGCCCAUUUACUGACUCCACCUGCAGAAAGUAUGAAACUGGCGCUUCAACAACCACGGGGUCAGCUCUUGACACCCACAUCAAUGUGGAGUUGUACAUGCAAGAUCUGUGGAAGAAGUUUCAUCUGUUAGGCAAUGAAAUGAUCAUAACAAAAGCAGGACGACGGCUGUUUCCGGCAUUAAAGGUGAAGAUAUCAGGGCUUCUUCCAGACGAACAAUACUCUGUGUGGAUAGACAUCGUGCCAGUUGAUUCCAACCGAUACAGAUAUAUGUACUGCAAUUCACGGUGGAUGGUGGCCGGCAAAGGGAACCAGUUACGUGUUGGAACAAGAUAUAUCCAUCCCGAUAGUCCUGCUAACGGACGCCAGUGGAUGGCGCAGACUGUCAGCUUCGAUAAACUGAAACUGACCAAUAACAAACAUCCGCUGUUAAAAGGACAGGUUGUGCUUCAUUCCAUGCAAAAGUACCAGCCGAGGAUAUGCAUCAAACGUGUUGAUAAUACUGGCUCGUCUAAAGGAGUUAUGGCUGAGACAACAGAAGUGAAGAGUUUUGUUUUUCCAGAAACCAGCUUUUUUACAGUGACAGCCUAUCAAAACCAGCAGAUAACCAAGUUAAAGAUUGCCAGUAAUCCGUUCGCAAAAGGUUUCCGUGAAGCAAGCAAAUACAGGGAUAGUCUUCCAGAAAUGCUCUCACAGUGUUCGAACGUGUCCAUGAAAGAUCAUGACAUUACG